AAAAAAAAAAAAAGUUGAUGGCCAUCAUGUAGUGAUGUACACAGGUGGAUAUAUAUAGCAAAUUACAAAAUAAUACUACUACUUUAUUUCUCAACAAACACCCAAUAAUAGUUUACAAACUACGUAUGAUAUUUUUGUGAUAAAUUUCUAUUCCCAACUUCAUUUCACAACACACACCCAAGACGAGUUUCUUUAUCCAUCCACACCAUACAUUCUUGAUCGAGCGCAUCCUUUUCCUUUCGUUAUCCGAAUGGAGAUCGGACCUACCCAUGUCACCGUGACAACGUGUUUCUAUGAAUAUAAUGUACAUUUUUAACUACGGAGUACAUUUCAUAAAGUCAAUCACACACAUAAGGAGCAAAGGCAAACAACAUAAGCAGAGUAUGAAAGGCGUAUCGAUCUCUUGAUACUUUUAUAAGUGUUCACAUGGUGUCUAGCUCCUUUGACUUUAAAAAGUCAGCUUCAUAACCAUCCAAAUAAACAACAUAACUCGUUUCAACUACACAUCUUCUUUUUCCUGCAACAUAUGAAAUAUGGAAAAGUUAAUUUCUUCACACAAUCUAAGUUAGAAUUCUAUAAAUAUAUGCAUGCUACUCUUCAAAAACCUUCUCGAGUAUUCCCACGUACUCGUUCAAACUUUUAACUUAGUUUUAUAUCACCUGAAUUUGCAGCUACUACUUCUCUCUUUGCAGAUAUAUACAAGGCCAUAAAAUAUACGAAGAUGAUCAUCGAAGAUCAAGAAAUACAGACAGAAAUUUUGACAAAACAGCAGCUAGCUCUUGCAGUUAGAAGCUCACAAUGGAGCUAUGCAGUCUUCUGGUCCUUGUCAACUGCAGAGCAAGGGGUACUGGAAUGGGGUGAAGGGUACUACAAUGGACACAUUAAGACGAGAAAAUCAGUUCACAACAAGGAUGUUGACAACCACAAACUAGGUUUAGAGAGAAGUGAGCAAUUGAGAAAGCUUUAUGAGGCUCUUUUAGAGGGAGAAUCCGAGCAAGGAGCUAAGAAACUCUCACUGGCACUAUCUCUGGAGGACCUCUCUGAUCUCGAGUGGUAUUACUUGGUUUCCAUGUCCUUCACUUUUAAAGUUGGCCAAAGUUUGCCAGGAAGAGCAUUGGCAACCGGGCAACAUAUCUGGCUAUAUGACACUCAAUCUGCUGAUAGCAAACUGUUUACUCGCUCUUUGCUGGCAAAGAGUGCAUCUAUCCAGACAGUAGUUUGUUUUCCACACAAGGGGGGUGUGAUAGAGCUAGGUGUAACAGAUUUGGUAUUAGAGGACAUAAGUUUCAUUCAACACAUAAAAACUGCCUUAGUACAACCUAUAGAGCCUGAUUGCUCCCCCAAAGCUUCAUCAGUUUCACAAAAGGAAGAUUCUGACAAGGACCAUGUAAUUGCUAACAUUACCGAGAAUGAGGAUGAGAUGGUGGAUAUAUUACCUUUCUCAAGCCUUCAUAACUCUGCCGAACAAAUAAAGUUUGACGAAGAUAUUGAAAAUGGAUUAUAUCAAAGUGUCCUAGAAGAAUUCAUAGGUUCUCCAGGUGAUUGCUCAAAUGACUCCAGCCACCAUGCAGAGGAAUCUUUCUACAGCUGCACAUCCACCUUCAUGCCAUGGAAGAAAGAAUUAACAGCCGAUAAUUUCAGAAUGCAAGAAUCACAGAAUACUCUGAAAAAGGUCUUAUUCAGAGUACCUUUGAUAAAAACAAAUAGGAGUAACUCAGGCAGAGUAAAUGAAGAUGAAAUGCAAGACUAUCCUAUGAGUCCACAGACUUAUGAUGUAUAUAAGCUGGAUUUUGCUUUACAGGAAACCACAGCUAAUUUACUGCUCUCCGAAUUGGAGGAGAAAAAAGACAAUCCACUGUAUAUGGUACAAGAGUCAAUGAUUCCUUCCAUCACCGAGGAAAAACAUAAAAAUUUGCAAUUAUGUUUACUUGUCAGCAAAUUGAUCCCGGCACUGAUGACAUUUCAGAUGGAUGAAGCAUUUAUUCUAACUGAUUCGACAAAAUACUUGGCUGGAGUUGAAGAGCUAGAAACUAGCAUAGAUUUGGAAGGAACAGGAACAGCAAAAGACUUAGAUAUGCUGGAGCAGAAUCAACAGGCAUAUGACAUUUAUAGCAAGAGUAUGGCUUCUGAGAUCAAUGAAAUUGACCCAAAUUCAAAUAAGGCUAUUCAAACAGAAAUUCUGCAGCCAUUAGACAUUGACAUAGAGGUAAGCAUAGAAGAGCUUGAGGUUCUAAUCACAAUGAAAUGCCCAUGGAGGGAAUGCUUAUUGAUUCGUAUUAUGGAAGUACUAAGCAAUCUCAACUUGGAGACUCACUCAGUUCAAUCAUCAACUCUUAAUGGUAUUCUCUCCGUGUUCCUUAAAUCCAAGUUUCAGAAGGCAGCAUUUGCAUCAGAAGGGAUGAUCAAAGAAGCUCUUAGUAGAACUAUCGGAACGUGUUGAGAUGUAAAAUCGAUUCUAUCAGUGUAAUGCUACUCAGUCUUCAAACUCCAAUUCACACCAAAUUACUUGUGCCAACCCUUAGAUACUUGCCUACUACACAAGCCUUGAACACUUUAAAUUGAGUAAAUAAUUAAAUGAGGACAUCUAGAGUCCGGACUGUUUCUGAUGCUGGUCUAAGAUGUGGAAAUAAAUCAGCAGCUUCUGUAUAUUAUUACAAAAAUAAAAAUAUAAAAAAUAAAUAAAAUAAAAACAAACUUGAAACUGAAUGACUAUCUUCCUAUCUUUUUAUCUAAACUAUGUACACCAAGUAGCUAGUUACUUUGUACUCCAGAUAUGUAGAUUCUAGUAAACUAAGUUGCUUAAUCUGAUAGUCGAACUAGCAAUUGAAGGCAAAGAAAAGGAAAAAGUAGCACAUG